CCAAUAAAAAUGAAUGUUGUUUUGCUUAUACUGUAUGUCUAUGUAAAAAGUUGUUCGCCAACCUUUCAUUGCAAUGCCGAUUGGUGUGAUCCGAGUCAUGAACCAUACCCAAAUAUAGUAUCAACAAUGACGGGUUACAACAUUCUUAAAGGAAAUCCGUUUACUACCACUCAAACUAGUGAUCCAGGAUUUUCUUCAGGUUACAUAUUUGUGCCAACUUAUAGAACCGAAGAUGGCACUUAUGCCUUACACGAUGGAGUUACUGUUCGUCAAACUUUACAGUGCAGCCUGACAUCGAGUACCGAUGUAAUUACAACUCUUAAUAGUUACGUAAAUAAAAUACAAAAGAAAUCUUCAUAUGGGAGAACAUUCACAUCUAAUCUUGAAUACGAGGUUAAAUUAGAAGCAAAAAUGGGCGACGUAGGUGCAGAAGUUAGCACAACAAUUCCUCCUCUGAUUGAAUCUUCGUUUUCAUCUAGCAAUGAAUACAGAGAUAAUAAAGAUUUCUUCACAAAAAAAAAAGGUGUGUUAGCAUUACGUGACGCAACUUGUGCUACCUAUACCGUCCGUAUAAGCCCUUACAAACCUCCACCAUUUAGUGAAGGAUUUAAAAUAGCUCUACAAAGUUUAAAUGAUUCAAUUGGAAAAAGUACUGAAGAAAUAAAGGAAAGUUUUAAUGACUUUAUUCGUGAAUUCGGCACACAUUUCCUUCAGCAAACAACAAUGGGUGCUAGAACAGCUAUAACAAGGAGAUAUUCUGGAGAGGAGUUUAGACAAAGUAGAGACGACUCAAUACAAAAGUGCAACGAAGAUCGUUUAAAAGUUACAAUUGCAGGAGUUGGUGUUGGUAGUACGUCAGAGAGUUGCAAUAGUAUUGACUUAACAACAAACAGUAAUACCGUAGCUGGAUUUGAACGAGAAUCAAUUACUUCGUACGGUUCUAAGCCUGCAAAAAAUCUUGAAGAAUGGGCGCAACAAAAGUUUGAAUCUCCAUUGCCAAUUAAAAUGAAACUUAGCCCAAUUCUUAAUUUGUUUUCUAAAAGGUACAUGAAAUUAACUCCUGAAAUUAGAUACAAAGCUAUCUUAUCAUGGUUUGAGCCUUUAUAUAAAAGUUAUUGUGAGACUAAUAAAGCAAGCCUAGGUAUUGAAGAAUGCAGUACAAAAGAAAAGAACAAAUGCGGCUAUGAUGACAACUGCAUUCCCCGACAACAAGUUUGCAACAGUGAUGGCAAUAGUUACACCUGCUGUACAUUAAAGUGUGAUGCACAGCCUUGUAAAAAUGGUGGAGUAUGUCAUGAUAUUACCGAUAACUCAUGCACCUUUCGGUGCGAUUGUGCAGAUGGUUGGGAAGGAAGCACCUGCGAAUCAAAAGUUGCUGAUUUUGAAAAAAUCUCUUCAGAAAUCGAAGCGCAGAUGCAAAAAUUUCAGUCUUUGAAUAAUGAUAAUUUUCGUAAAGAGUUGUACAGUUACUUGGAAAGAAAUUACAAUACUUACAAGUUUGUUGUUAACUCAUAUAAUGAGAUCGAUGGUGACGACACCGAAGCACAUUCAGUUGUAGGCAACUAUGUUCACUUUUAUAAAAAAUAUGGAAGAAAUCUUGUUGUCGCAUGGGCAAAAACUGGAUUUCCAAAUCAUGAAGAUAUUCCUGAAUUAACUGCUUCUCUCUAUCAUUCUGUUUAUAAUUAUGAUUCGAAUGCAAAAAAAAGCGUGUUGAAAGCAUGGAAUGACCAUUACGCUAAAUAUAAAGAUCAAAAUCCAAUAGUUUUCAUGCAAGUCGUUCGACACGGCAAUGGUCUACGUUCCAAUCAUGAUACCAAUUUUGGUGUCUACUUUGACUAUAAAGUAUCAUACUGGAAUCGAGAAGAUGUGUCAAGCUUUAUUGCUUUGUACGGAAAAAUGUAACUUAAUUUUGUAUUGAAACCAUUGUAAGUUAAAAAAUUGAUUUUAAUAAAAACAUUUAAUAUUGUA